UAAGAGACACAGAGAGGACAGAAAUCCUGAGCGAGAGCUCCGGGAGUUUGAGCGGAGACUUAUCCGGACUUUAACUCUGCGCGUAAACGUCGGACUGAGGAGGUUUAGUCCGCAGCAGAAGGCUGAACGCACAUGGACGAACUGAGUCCGAGUGUGCAGGCGGUCCUGCUGCGGCGCUGAUCUGGAUCUGACUGAAUGAAAAUGAAACUUUUGGACAGCCGGGACUGGACUGGACUCGGGACCGUGGAUUGCAAUGAACUGACCGGUUUUUGAGGACCGGUGGUUGAUGCUGGAUAACGUAGAUUCUUAUCGCUCUGCCCGCCGGGAAACACUUCACCGCGCCAGCUACUGGUCCAUGAAUAUUGAAUAUCGAUCUCCUGCGUGGAUCCGGACUGAAUAAACCAACCUUUCACCCGGAUCAUCUGCGUGUUUGAUGUGUUUCGGUUCUGGUUCUGGUUCCUGCGGGUCACAGCGCGCUCAGAGCUGAAGAGAAGAGACGCGGAUGUUCGCCGGUACGCAGCGCGCCGCGCCGCCGCAUAUGGAGCGCGCCGGACGGCCGCCGCCGCUGCUGCUGCUCGGCCUGCUGCUCCGACUCUGCUCCGCUGUCACCGACGACCGCAUCAUCUCCGACCGGUACGCGGUCUACUGGAACAGCUCCAACCCCAGGUUCUUUCGGGGCGAGUACACAGUGGAGGUGGCGAUCAACGACUACCUGGAUAUCUACUGUCCUCACUACGAGGGGGCGGAGGCAGCCGAGCGCAUGGAGCACUACGUGUUGUACAUGGUGAACUACGACGGGUACACGACCUGCGACCACCACAGGAAGGGCUUCAAACGCUGGGAGUGUAACCGACCGCAGAGCCCCAACGGGCCGCUCAAGUUCUCCGAGAAGUUCCAGCUGUUCACGCCCUUCAGCCUGGGCUUCGAGUUCAGGCCAGGACACGAGUACUACUACAUCUCGUCUCCACAUCCAAACCUGGCUGGGAAACUGUGUCUGAAGCUCAAAGUCUACGUAAAACCAACCAAUGACUCAGUCUACGAGUCCCCGGAGCCCUUCCUGACGGACGACACCACCGGCGGCUGCAGCCUCGCUCUCCCUCGCCUCUCCCUGCUGUUCGCCCUGUUGCUCGCCCUGCUCCUCAUCCUCCUCCUCGCCUCCUCGUAGCACCUCCUCUUCAUCCUCCUCCCCUCGCUCUGCGGAGAAACAACCGACCUGAGGCAGGAAGCUAAUCCUGCUCCCUCUCCCUGACCUCUGACCUUCUCCCGAACUCUGCUCAGCAGCUCAGCCAAUCAGAAGUGGCAGAGGUCACCGGUGGGAGGGCCCUGGAGCUGAGAUGGCUGCUGGUCCCACCUGGAGUUUCUGGGAUCAUCUGUGCUCUGUGAUGAUGUUUCUGUUGAAGAUGUGCAGGUCCAGACUCCACUGACUCCCGUGUGAAAUGCUGUUUCAGGACAGAUGCCAAAACUUCACAGGUUUUAGCCCUUUACUACGUGAACCGAGUCCCAAACAGUGUUUUUUAAAUUAUUGACUUCUUCCACAAAAUCUGGAUCUUAUGAGCAAGAUAUUAGUUGAAUAGUUUAUUGUUCUGUAUUUACACUACAAAAAAUAUCAUGGCAAAAUGUCCAUUAUUCCCUCUGCAGCAGGAAAGACCACAGAGGAUCCUGCAUGAGAUAAUCAAUACUUCAGGGGUUUGGUUACAUCAUCUGGAGUUAAGCAGCUGAAGCAUGCAAACACACGGGAGUGUGUCUUUAUGUACAAGAAGAACAAAAAGAUUUAAAUCAUAAAAUAUCAGAUGAAUAAUCAGAGGAGCUGAUCAGUGGAAACACCUCGUGACAGUGACUGCAGCGUCUUCACAGGCAUCUGUGUGUCAGACAUGGUGACAGCAUGGCAGUCGAUGGAGUCCAUGAUCCGCAAUCCACAGACAGAGCAGCAUAAUCCAGUCUGCAUGAACACCAGCAGAACCAGAUCCAUUUCCACCAAAGUGACUGAAGGAUCCCAGCUUUACAGUGAGCAGCGUUCACCAGCUCUCUGUUCUGCUGCAGCUCUUCAAUGUCUAAGACCUUUUCACUGACGAUUGCACUCACAGGAAUCAGCCACAGUCAAAGGGGAAAUCGCUCACUGGGUCACUGGUCAGUCAGCCCUUCUUUCUCUGACACUGCAGAAAAUAAAGGUUUUGAACCAGCUGCUCAGUCAUGAUUCAAACCCUAACACCCCUAACGCCAUCACCUGAACCUUUCUCUGAGCGAUGGCUCCACAUCUGACCUGAUUCUGAACAGAUGUCUUAUUCUGAGUUUGUCAGUGAAUUGUGCUUCUUGUGAUUUGAAAACUUCAUGCUGACUGACUCGGAGGUGACAGACUGAUAUCUGUCUGAGGCUGUGGAUUAUUCCUGUGACUGAAAUCAGCAUAAUCAGUUACAAAUAUUAAAAUAAAGACCAGGCGAGGCUGGAGCCUCUCCCUCUUUCUUUGCCUAGGUCUCUCGCCCACCUCCAGGCCUGCAGCAGCCUUUCGUCUCUGUAAAUCUGCCAAAGACUCUCCUUAAACUUUUCUAUUGGGCGCUUCUUUAGAGGAGGGGACCGGGUAAAGUCAUACAGCAGCUACAGGGGUCACUUUAGCCCCUCCUGCUCUCAGUGCAGGGGGUGGGGUUAUCUGAAGGGGAGGAGUCAAGUUUUUUUUUUCUAAAUCAUGUUGUUUUGUCGUAAAAAUAAAAACGAAUGUUAUGCGCAAAAUAAAAACAAAAAAUGGCCUUUUUUCCACUGGUGCUGAAUUUUUAGUGACUGACAAACAGCGACACCGUGUGGUUGAGGUGAAGAUCUUCAUCCAGUCCCACGUUUUGUUUUGUUUUUUCUCUUCAUCUCUUCAUACCAUCCCCCCAUCUGUCGAUGGAGGGGGAGCAUGUCCUUGUGUGUGGAGGAGCAGGGGCAUGCUGGGAAAUGCAGUAUAUAUAACGAACGCACUGUGAUGGAGGAAGGACAGACAGAUGAUGUAGCACUGGGACUCGUGUGGAGAAGGAUGGAAACAAACUGACAUCAGCGUUUCCUCGUCGGCUUUUUAUUUUCUGUUUGUGCCAUUGUUCUGUUUUUAAAAAAGCAGGAGAAAAUUCAUAUGAGAUAUGAAUUCAUCAAUGAGAUACGAAGGAUCAGUCUGAUGUUUGUUGUUGUUGUUGUUAUUGUUGUUGUUGUUGUUUUUCUCCUUUUUUGUUCCCGCUUGCAUCACAAUGCAUUCUGGUCCUUGUAGUCCUGUGCGUUCUGGUUCAGUUGAUGAGUAAUGUUCGGUGGGUUUUUCCAGCUCGUCAUCCAUUUCUUCGUUGAAUUUCGUGUGAAAGGAAUCAGUUUUUCGUGGUGUAAGAAAUGUUAAAGAAGCUGGAGGAAGGAAAAACUACGGAAAAACCUUCUGAUGGUGGUUUUGUGAGCGGGAGUGAGACCUCCCUGCUGUCUCUGGUUUACAAUAUCUCUGAGCUCAAUCAUACUGAGAAGACAGUGUUUUUCUACAUUAAAAUGUCUGCAUAUUCUAUUCUUUGACAAAGACAAAAAAAAUCUGUUUUUGUAUAUUUUCUUAUUGGAUGCUUAUAAAGUCCUGUUGUAAAGAAUGCAUUUAUCUGAUUGGCUGAAGAGCUAACGAGUGGUCAGAGGUCAUCAGGCCUUUUCUUUUUCCUGCGCUGCAUGAGCAGGGAAAAUAAAACCUAUGAAUACAUUUACUGAAUUUUACUUUGAGGAAGAUUUCAGAGAGAAAAUGUUAAGAAUCUGUGUUUGAUAAUUUCACCACCAAUAAA